GGGGACAAAAUAGAUAUUCAUGAAUAAAUAAAUAAUUUUUGAAAAAACACAAAAUUCGCGAUACUUUUUGAACACACCUCGUAUUGCGUUUUCCAAUGGCAGGUGAGGCAGGUGAGAUGGAGACACUCCCUGCACAGCCUGAUGUCUCUCUCGAAAAUAGUUUGCCACCGCCUAUAGCGGACAUAGCCGAGGACGAUACCGGCUCUCUUGUCAGGCAACUGUUUGGUGAUCGUGAGAAUGAGGAGUUUUCACCCUGGGAGGACAUCGUGAUCCAGACGUGGCGAAACCUGACUCGUGGAGGUUUGGCAACCGAUCAGCGCAAGUUACUUGUAAAGAAAUACUCCCCUCCAGAGCCCAUGGCUUUUCUUAAGGCCCCUGUAUUAAAUCAGGAAUGCAGGGUCGCCCUCAAGAAUAAUGCGGUAGUCAAAAGAGACGAUUUUGCGGGGAAAAAUCAGGAUCAAGCAGAUUUGUUGUCUUUAAAAUAAUGAAGGUGCAACCGGGGCGCACCCGAGUGCAGGCGGGUGGCGUCCCUUUUGCUUUACGGUAAAAGACCUGUUGAGGAUAGCGCAGCGGAACGCUACUACAAUUCUAUCCAUCCGGACGAGACAGCAUAAUUUUAAUCGAACUUCACUGUAAGUUCGUUUAAUUUCUUAUUUUUUUGUAUCUGUCGAAAGUUCAAUCCUUAUUU